UCGGAUUAACAUCGUUUAAGUAACGGUUUGCUGCCGGAAGUGGUGACUAAAUUUUUGGUCUCUAAAUGCAUGAGCCGGUAACGCGGGAAGCUGAGUCAUAGUGACUUAAGUGAAAACAGCUAGUGAAAAGUGGCUAAACAAAGAAAGGCGAAACUCCACCAGUGAAAUUCGCAUACUGAUUGUGAAGAUGAAGAGCUUUCCCUUGAUCACGCUGGUGCUUAUGGUGUCGAUACUGUGUUCCUCCAGAUGUUUCGACUUAUUAGAUGAUGACUCCAUUAGACUAACCCAUCAGUUUGAUGAAGACUUUGAUAUUUGGCGGAAAAGCUUCCAAAACUUUGGAGACCCAUUCAUCGAGGGAGGCGGUAGUAAUAUCGGCUUUGUAUGGCCGUUUAGUAACGAUCACCAUGAUCCGCUUUCCAGGGAAACAACGGAAUUAGAAUACGAGACACGGCCACAGGAUUCAAUUGCUCAACAGCCUCAUUCGUCGGUUGUUGGACUCGAGAGGGAUCGUGAACCAUUAGAAUCAAAUGUGGAAGUAUUACCGACUAAAUAUGGCAGUGCUGAGGAUGGAAAACUACAUCCUGUCGACCGACCGUAUAACCCCGUGGCCCCAGCCGACCCGAGUACACUGUUUCAGCAUCACUUCAAUACCUUCUUUAAUGCACCGGAAUCGAGUUUCUUCUCUGGGACCUUUCCAGGCUUUGGAUUCUUUGAUUUGAAUGUUAAUAAACCUUGGUGGAAGGGUGAAAACGUGUGCAUAGAGCGUGAAGAGCAGGAAGAGGAUACAAAUGGUGAUAAUAAUCACGAAAUAGCUGUAGAUGGGAACAAUUUCCAGAGUUUCGGUGUUGUAAAUUUGAACUUUGAAUCGUGCGCCGAAAAGCAAAACAAGCACAUUUGCACUUCGUUCAAAAAUCAUAACGGACGAAAGCGCACAGUCAAGGUCACUAGACAGUGCUGUCAUGGAUAUGCACGGCCAAGAAAUGGACCUCCAAAUGCACAAUGUGAAAAAAUUGAUCUAUAUCCAAUGGCAGAAACAAUCGAACGUCUUGGGGCCAAGGAAUUCAUAUCCACUUUAAAAAAAAGUGGUCUUGAAACCAUAUUGAACGGGGACAUUACCGUGUUUGCUGUGCCGGAUGGUGCAUAUACUAAGUUUGCUGAACAGAUGUGGGAAAAUAACUUGGUUGCGUUUGAUGUGGGAGGCCGUAGCAAACGCCAAGUAGAUUUUUCUGGAAUGACAGCGCGAGACUUGGUUCUGGCCCACACUGUAAAUGGAUCAUAUCACAUAGAAGACGUUAGCAAUGAACAGCUGUUGAAAACUGAGCUUCCAAACACAAAUAUUCGCAUCAAUAUUUUCCCGCGUGGUCCAUCGGAUAGAAAUGUCGAACAUCCAUAUCGGUACACCGCAAACUGUGCUCCACUGGUUAAGCUAAACCGAGUCGCUGAAAAGGGAAUCGUACAUGUGGCUGAUCGCGUCCUUCUUCCAGUACGUUACAAUAUCAUGCAAAUAAUCCGUGCACGAGACGAUAUGACAGUUUUGCGAACUAUUCUGGAGAAGACUGGUUUGGAUAAGAUGCUGGAGGAGUCUGAUGAUGACAAACAUUUCACUUUCUUUGCGCCAAAUGAUGAUGCCUUCUUGAAGCUGGAUGCUGAUAUUCGCAGAAAGUUGAAGGCUGGUAAUGGAUGCGCCGCAAACAUCCUGAAAAAUCACAUCCUAGACAUUACAUUCUGUUCAUUGGCUGCCCUAAAUGGAGUAAAGACAUCAACAUAUAAUCUGUUGAACGAGAAGUUGGAGUUUGAGUAUGUACCGAUCGGAAAGUCCGAAGUCGAAAAUAUGUCCAACGAUAAGAAACAGCAGCGCAUUAGAAUCAAUGGUGAUGCAACAGUUCAUGAAACAGAUUUGAUGGGUACAAAUGGUGUGAUUCACGUCAUCGACACAGUUUUGUCAACCAACAGUGGAAUGCCUAUUUCAAAUACUUUAUCCACUCGAAAUCUUACCAUUUUCAAACAACUGAUCGACGAUGCUGGAUUAGAGGAUGAGUUCGACAGCAUGUCAAACAAAACUUUUUUCAUUCCUUCCGAUAAAGCUUUUGAACAAAGUGAAGUUGGUCAAUAUUGGAUUCAACAAUUAAAGGAACACCCGGAAAGUCUAAGAGACAAUUCACGUUUAAAGGAAUUUUUAGAGUACCAUGUCGGGGAACCGCUUAUCAAAACCUGCGAUUUACAGGAGAAUAUGAUCAAAACUGCUACUGGAGAAGAGCUGAGAGUUAAUCUUUACACAACAAACCCUGUAUUUAGCAACGUUUUGAACCGUGCUACUGUGAACUGUGCUCGUUUGAUGCACUUUGAUGACGAAACUUGUGGCUCUGUGGUACAUGAAGUUGACAAAGUACUAGAAGCACCCAAAUUGAAUGUCUACGAUGCUCUGAGAGCAAAUCCAGAUUACAGUAUGUUUGUGACGUUGAUUGAUAAAGCAAACCUCACCGAGCUGCUGAGAACAAUUAAUGAAAGUACUAUUUUUGUGCCAAAGAAUGACGUGUUUUUGGAGGUUAAAGAUUGGUACGAUGAAACUCUGCAGAACGAUGAAGAAACAGACAACGUAAUUCGUUCGCACAUCGUUCCGAGUGUAAUCUGCUGCGCGGGAAUCGUACAGUCGGAUUGGCCCUUCAUUCGCACCACGGAAACAAUCAAUCAACAGCGCUUGAAACUGAAUCGCAACCGUCGUCCUCAGGUGCAAAAUGCGGGUGUUACGAAAUGUGAUAUUGUUGCCAAAAACGGAAUCAUUCAUGAAAUAAAUGAUGUUAUCAGUACGCAAAAAAGACAGCCGGUAGAAUCACAGGGCUUUCCCAGCUUCUCUCGGCCAUUAACAUUCUGGUUCAAAUAGAAAUCCAAAAAUACUCGCAAACUAGCACUGAUGUUGUCUCUUUACACCUAAGUUUUUAUUUAACUGUCCUAAUUCAUACGAUAGAUGCUUGUUAAUUAUUUCAACAAGCUCGAAAAUGCGACUAAUUGGAACAAAAAUAUACUAUUUAUAUUCAUUACAAUACAG